AUGAUAGCAACCGAUUGGAAAUUAUCUUUUGAAAUCAUGUGCGAUGCGAGCAACUUUGCAGUUGGAGCUAUCCUAGGACAACGAAAAGAAAAACAUUUUCACCCAAUAUACUAUGCAACCUAUACGGACCAUGCCGCCAUUCCAUACCUUUUAAAAAAACAAGAUGCCAAACCACAUUUAGUCCGGUGGAUUCUUCUCCUCCAUGAAGUCGACAUUGAAAUAAAAGAUAAAGGAGGAGCUGAAAACACCACCGCCGAUCACUUAUCUCGCUUAGAAGAUCCCGCUUUGGAGUUAACUCGGGAAGAGCUCAUCAAAGAAAAAUUCUCCUCAAAUCCUUGGAAAUGGUCGAAUAUCAAGAAGAACCAUGAUUUUAUGGAACCUUUCCCACCGUCAAAAGGGAACAAAUAUAUUCUUGUGGCAGUCGAUUACAUGUCCAAGUGGGCCGAAGCCGAAGCUCUUCCAACUAAUGAUGGGAGAGUUGUGGUACAUUUGGAGAGCAUCAUCCGUAAGAUUGAACGCGAAACAGGAAUGGCACCACAUAAGUUCCUGCGAUUCAAAAGUGCUGAACUCGAGUGUCAAAACCAGUUUGCAGUACUAAAAACAAGGCACGAAGAACCACCGCGACAAGUGUGUUAUGAUACACUUGAGACUGUGGGGCAAAGAGAGAGAUACGAUGCUCUGAUUACUGCUCCAUUACGUAUCUUUUUAGAGACCCGACUCAGAUCAAUCCAUGAAUACAACAUGGAAUUCUUAAGCACGCUUACUUUCAACAAAAAUGAGCAGGAUCGGUUUGACUCUGAUGCUGUUCAGUUCAGGUGUGGGUGA